CCUGUCUACUAGAAUCCAAUGUCUGAAUUAGAGAAGAAAUUUAACGAAACCGCUGAGUUUGUUCGUUCGUGGCAUCCUGCCAAAACUGUGUCAAAUGAGGACAAGCUCGCUGGAUACUCUCUAUUCAAGCAAGCCACUAUUGGAGAUUGCAACAUUCCUGCCCCUGGAAUCUUCUCGUUGACUGAGAGAGCGAAGUGGAAUGCUUGGAAUGCCUUGAAGGGCAUGUCGAAGGAGGAAGCUAUGCAAAAGUAUAUCGAUUGUAUCGAGGCUCAGAAGGUUAAAUAUGCAUAAUUA